UCAUGCUGCUGCCAGGUCCACAGUCUCUCAUGGGUCCCUGUACGGCCUCCCAUUGCUGCUGUCUCCAUCGCCACACUCUGCCAUGUGCCACUUUCAGGUCUCCUCACACUGCUGGUGUGUUCCAUUUUUUGUCAUAGGGUGCUGGCAGAUUACGGGACUCCCAUAGCUGCUGCCAGGCCCCUAAUCUGCCAUGGGCCCCUAUACCGCCUCCUCAUGCUGCUGCCAAGUCCAGAGUCUCUCAUGGGUCCCUGUACGGCCUCCCAUUGCUGCUGUCUCCAUCGCCACACUCUGCCAUGUGCCACUUUCAGGUCUCCUCACACACUGCUGGUGUGUUGAAUUUUUUGAC